CACAAUCUUUGAGAGAAUUGUUUCUAUUUAAAAGCUAAAGGGGCUGAAGUGACACUCGCGUCAUGUGGAACGUUUCUUCCUCCACAUGUUUCUCUACGGUACAAUUUAACAAAACAUCCGCUGCAGAAAGAAGCCGCGGGUUUGAUUAUACGCAGUUAGCAAAGCUAACACGGACUACCUGUAUGUUUGACACAGUUUUUGAUUUGUCUCCAAGAAUGACUCGCUUUUGAGAAUCAGACAGCAAAGUUUUAAAACAAGCAAAAUGAAUCUCGACAGACUUCGGAAGCGGGUCCGGCAGUACAUUGACCAGCAACAAUAUCAGAGUGCUCUGUUCUGGGCCGACAAGAUAGCGUCCCUCUCCCAUGAGGACCCCCAGGAUAUUUACUGGCUCGCUCAGUGCCUUUAUUUGACCUCACAGUACCACAGAGCAUCUCAUGCCCUCCGCUCACGAAAACUUGACAAGAUGUAUGGUGCUUGUCAGUACCUUGCCGCUAGGUGCCAUUAUGCUGCCAAAGAGUUUCAGCAGGCCUUGGAUAUUCUGGAUGCGGAAGACCCAGCAAGUAGGAAGCUACUAGGCAGGAGCACAAAAGAGGACAGUGGGACACCAGAGUCAGCUAAGGAGUGGGACAUGUCUCCUGCCUCUAUCAGCAGCUCUAUCUGCCUCCUGCGUGGUAAAAUUUAUGAUGCCAUGGAUAACAGACCUCUGGCCACCUCCAGCUACAAAGAGGCCUUGAAACUUGAUGUGUACUGCUUUGAAGCCUUUGACCUUUUAACGUCCCACCACAUGCUGACUGCGCAGGAAGAGAAGGAUUUUCUUGACUCACUCCCUCUGGGUCAGCAGUGCACUGAAGAGGAGGAGGAACUGUUACAUUUUCUUUUUGAGAACAAGUUAAAGAAGUAUAACAAGCCCAGUGACUUGGUGGUGCCAGAGAUGGUCAACGGUCUUCAGGACAAUUUGGAUGUGGUGGUGUCUCUUGCUGAGAGGCAUUAUUAUAACUGUGAUUUCAAGAUGUGCUACAAACUCACAUCAAUGGUGAUGGUUAAGGACCCCUUCCAUGCGAACUGUUUACCAGUGCAUAUAGGAACUCUGGUGGAGCUUGGGAAAGCAAAUGAGUUGUUUUACCUCUCACAUAAACUUGUUGACUUAUAUCCGAACAACCCAGUAUCGUGGUUUGCUGUUGGCUGCUAUUACCUCAUGGUUGGUCACAAAAACGAACAUGCUCGACGAUACCUUAGCAAAGCCACCACACUUGAGAGGACGUAUGGUCCUGCAUGGAUUGCCUAUGGUCAUUCAUUUGCAGUAGAAAGUGAACAUGACCAAGCCAUGGCUGCCUACUUCACUGCUGCCCAGCUGAUGAAAGGGUGUCAUUUACCCAUGCUGUACAUCGGCCUGGAGUACGGUCUGACCAACAACUCCAAGCUAGCAGAACGUUUCUUUAGCCAGGCUCUUAGUAUCGCUCCAGAGGACCCAUUUGUCAUACACGAGGUGGCAGUGGUUGCAUUUCAAAAUGGAGACUGGAAGACUGCAGAGAGGCUGUUUCUUGAUGCAAUGGAGAAGAUUAAAGCCAUAGGAAAUGAGGUGACUGUGGACAAAUGGGAGCCUUUGCUAAACAACUUGGGUCAUGUCUGUCGGAAACUAAAAAAGUACGACCAGGCUCUGGAAUACCACCGUCAAGCACUGGUGUUAAUCCCUCAGCACCCUUCCACCUACGCCGCCAUAGGAUAUGUGCACAGUCUCAUGGGAGACUUUGAGAGUGCUAUCGACUACUUUCAUACAGCACUUGGGCUGAAAAGGGAUGACACUUUCUCUGUGACCAUGCUCGGCCACUGUAUUGAGAUGUACAUUGGGGACACAGAUGCCUAUAUAGGCACAGACAUCGAUGACAAGGUUCGAGGCACCUUGAACACCCCAGCACUGAUGAAGAUGCUGAACCCAGCAGAGUCUGGUGAGCUGCUAGCAACACCAAGGCUGGAAGACACCAGCAUCACAUCCUUGGAAACGCCAUUGUCAAAUCAGGACAAGAUGAUGCUAGAGACACCGCUUCGACUCUCUUUAACCCUCGAGUGUGAUAUGUACGAGAGUGACGUGAUGUUGGACACCUUGUCAGACACCAGCACGUGAUCUCAUGCUGCCAGGAGGUGGAACUGUUGUAAAUCCAGGUUGUCAUAGAUACACACAUCCAAGCCCAAGGACAACAUUCAAACCAAAACUCUGGCACCUGUCCUCCACCAAAGGUUUUCUGUGGAUUCCCUGUUUUGUGCAUUAUAUAUGGUUGUCUCUGCAAGUGAUAAAACAUGCAACAUCAGAUAGUGAACAUAAUGAACAUGAGUAAAUUUGUAUACGGCAAAUGCUGUACGUCACUAAUUCCGCAAAAUUGCACUUUAAAGGGUAAAAACACGUGCCUUUGUUGGAUGGUUUGAGUACCUGGCUUAGCAUCGAACCUCGGGUUAAGUCUGGAAACACUGGAACAUGUGAUCCUCUGACGCCUGAUUGAAGAACGCAAACACAGCCACGCACCUCGCAUCUCAACAAAAGUCCUAAAUAGUCAUUUAAUUGCUGCCUGUGGCAGGACUCAGCGUGUGGUUCAACCUGUGGACUUUCACCUUGAAUAAAGAGCCAGCAAAAUGCUAAACCAUUUCUUAGUUCAAAUAAAAUGUGUUAUGUUUAUCUUA